UCUUUGGCCGCAAUCUCUGUCGUGUCCUCUCUGGAAAAUAAUUCUUCUUUCUCCCUUUUCGUUUACUUCAAUUGAAUUUCCAGACCUUUUGUUUGCUCUUCUUAGCACUGGAAAAAGGUGAACCCUCGUGUUAUUUUUAUUUCAUCUUUGCUUUUAAUUGUAGUUUUUACCCUUGUGGUCCCUGAUGGCUUCGCACAGUGAUACUCUGGUGGUGUUCUUUGGGGCAACAGCUGGUGCAAAUGGGGCUAAACUGGGUUCCGAUGAAAGGGAAAUAAUUCUCUUGGUGUGGCAAAUUGUGGAUCUACAUGAGAAAAAGGUUGGGAAACUUCAGAGACGUCUCGUGAAGCCUGACACUUUGGAGUUGACAGACCAGAGUAAAGAAGAUACUGGCCUGUCUGUGGAUGAGCUCUGCAAGGCGGAGCCUCUGGACAAAGUUUUACAACAGUUCCAGCAGUCGGUCUCAGCGGAGGUGAAGGCUCUUGGCAGAAGCUCCUACAGGCUGUGUGUUGACGGGCCCCUGAUCAUACGACAGGCGCUUCACCCUGAGGCUUCCAAGAAGAACCUGGUUCUGCCAGAGUGUUUCUACUCUUUUGUAGACGUGAGGAAAGAGUUUCACAAAUGUUGUCCGAACGCUGGCCCGGUCCAGGACCUUACGCUGCCCGCCAUGCUGGAAUAUGUGUGUAUCCCAGAGCUGCCCCUGUCAGAACAGGUGACUGGGGUGAAGGAGGUGAGGAGUAUGGUCCAGCUGUCAUUGCACAUCCUGGCUGAUCCCUACAAUCACACAUUUUCCUGCUUUGAAGCUGUGAAGGUCAAGUUUGAAUCGGGAGCAUGCAGUAAGACUGAACCAGUGGACAGUGAGACCGUGAUCAGAGCUAGGGGGUUGCCAUGGCAAUCCUCUGACCAGGACAUCGCCCGCUUUUUCAAAGGGCUCAACAUCGCCAAGGGUGGCGUGGCCCUCUGUCUCAACGCCCAGGGCAGGAGGAACGGCGAGGCCCUGGUCCGUUUCAUUAACCAGGAGCAUAGAGACCUGGCCCUGGAAAGACACAAACACCACAUGGGAAGCAGAUAUGUUGAGGUCUACAAAGCCACCGGAGAGGAAUUCCUCAAGAUUGCUGGAGGCACCUCCAAUGAGGUGGCGCAGUUCCUGUCCAAGGAGAACCAGGUGAUCAUCCGUAUGAGGGGCCUUCCCUUUACCGCCUCUCCCCAGGACGUGUUGACCUUCCUGGGUCCCGAGAGCCCUGUGACGGACGCCACCGAGGGCCUGCUCUUUGUUAAAUACCCCGAUGGGCGGCCAACUGGCGACGCCUUCGUCCUCUUCUCCUGUGAGGAGUACGCCCAGAAUGCCCUGAAGAAACACAAGCAGAUCCUGGGGAAGCGUUACAUCGAGCUGUUUAGGAGCACCGCAGCUGAAGUGCAGCAGGUCCUGAAUCGGUACAUGUCCACCCCUCUGAUCUCCACACUCCCCACCACUUCGAUGCUCCCCGUGCCCGUUCUGGCUACGCCCCCUUUCCUGGCCACCGCCAGCACACGGGACUGUGUCCGUCUCCGGGGUCUGCCCUACACCGCCGCCAUAGAAGACAUCCUGGAGUUCAUGGGAGAGCACACCAUUGACAUCAAGCCCCACGGAGUUCACAUGGUGCUCAACCAACAGGGUCGGCCCUCGGGUGACGCAUUCAUCCAGAUGAAGUCCGCUGACAGGGCUUUUAUGGUUGCCCAGAAGUGCCAUAAGAAGAUGAUGAAGGACCGUUACGUGGAGGUGUUCCAGUGCUCCACAGAGGAGAUGAGUUUCGUCCUGAUGGGAGGGACACUGAAUCGCAGCGGCCUGUCCCCACCUCCCUGUAAACUGCCCUGUCUGUCUCCUCCAGCCUAUGCCGCGUUCCCUUCUCCUGCCCUGCUUUCUGAGGCUGCCCUGUACCAGUCCCCUCUACUGUCUGCCUCCCGAACCCCCCAGCCCACGCACAGCCCCCACCCCGCCCCCACCCUGGCGUACUACCCCCCACAGCACCACCCGGCACAGCUAUACAUGAACAUGAAUAUGAACUACACUGCCUACUACCCCAGCCCCCCCGUCUCUCCCUCCACCGUGGGGUACUUUGCUGCUCCCCCAGGGUCUGUAGCCUCAGCAUUAGCGGCCCAGCAACCCCACGCCGGAUCUCCCAUGAUGCCCCAGCAUGGGGCUCUUGUCAGGAUGCAGGGUCUGCCCUACAACGCCGGGGUCAAAGAUAUCCUUGGCUUCUUUCAGGGAUACCAGCUCCAGCCGGACGCCAUCCUUGUGUUGUACAACCUCAGUGGCCAGCGUAGCGGUGAAGCCCUGGUCACUUUCCCCAGCGAGGAGACGGCCAGGCGUGCCGUGGCAGAGCGUUCCAACCACCCCCUGUCCGGUCACCCUGUCCGACUGCUGGUGUGCUGUGACUGACCAUGGUCGGCUGGUCGUGACUGGAGGGAAGAGUUAAGGACCACAACCCUGCUAGACCUUCUGUGCCUCUCCUUUUGUCUCUUCCAACCUGAACCACCCAUCACUACUGACACACUGACCACAGCUAAAACAGACCCCUUAUCCAAAAGCACUAUGUACACCGAUUUUAUGACGCAAAAACACAUUUCCCCUGAUUUUAGCCUAAUGACUACUAGCAUAAAUGUUCAUAGCUAAAACCAUCCCUAUGCCCCCCCUGUAACUAUGCUCUGUGUUUGCAUGUUCCUUGCAUGGUAUGCUAUCAAUGCUGGGCUGUACAGUUUAAUGAUAACAAAAGCCAUAUGUUUCCUUGACCUGACACUAGUACUGUACUGUAUAGCAGAAGAGAAAUCCAACUCUUGCUCCACUACACAUGGCAUGUCUUCUGUAGAACUACCGGGCCACAAAGUAUGUUAGUCAGAGCCCCAUUAACAUGCUGGACGAUUUACUUAUUGACAACUACUUGUGUGAUAUUGUUUGUUUUUGCUGUAAAAAGCGUUUAUGCAUGUAUGGCACAAUGCCAUUCUGUUUAGAAUCUGUCCAAGCACUGUCAUGUUUUCCUUGUCUUUGCUACAAUCAAAGAUUGACUGUCUAUUUUAUCACUACCGUAAUUCCCUAGCAUGAUGAAUAUUGAAUAUUUUGUUUGAUCCAAAAAAAGUUAUCCAGAAAUGUAGAUUUAUGUUAUUUAAAUGUGAAAGAGUUGGCUGCUGGUCUGCAUGGUCUCCUUUCCUUUAUCCUUUAGUUGCUUCUCAAUCCUCUCCUUAGGGACACCCCAGAUGUUUCACAUUUUAGUUGUAGCUCCGAACUAGCGCAGCUGAUUCGCCCAUUCAAGGGCUUUGCUGUUAACUGAUUAAUUGAUCUGAUCUAGUAUGCUAGCUCUUGUAUGGAUAGAUGAAAUGCCUGGGGGUCAUGAAGAGGUUUGAAAACCAAUGCCUAAAAGACUAGUACACAUGCAAACAGUGAUCGUGUCGUAUACGGUCCACUCCAAAAUUUGAGUCCUACAAGUAUGUAGAAGUAUGUGUGAAAACAAUCACCCAUGAUUGAGUUUGUGUGAGAAGGGAAAAACCUUUAAGGAGAGUAGAUCUUGUAAAAAAAAUGCUGGUCUUAUGCAGCAUGCUUUUGAUUCUACCUUGUUUUGGACUGUCAAAAUGUGUUUAAGAAAAUGCUGCGUGAGUUGUUCCUGUGACUAGGCUGCUGAGAACACUAAUGCCUUGUUUCUCGUCUUUGCUGUGCCUACAUUACCCAGAGUGCAAUACCAGCCCCCUCAGAGGCUAGGCUGACCUCUGGUGGCAGAGGGGACAUUUUUGUUUCUUUUAAGCAAGUUUGAGCCUUGACUUGUAUGAAUUUAGAAUUAUUGUGUAAAUGAAAUAAAUGAAACUUGAUAUUGCCCCAGUGUUAAAACAGCC